UUUCAUUAGUCUGUCCUACAUUUUAGCUAUAAAUACGAGUUUAGUCUUUGAGAGUUUGCUUCAAGAAAAACACCUUAAAAUAUUUGGUUCUUUCUUUAGCUCCAAAAUCUUAUUGUCUCUUUCUGUCCAUAGAGAGAUAGAAGAGAGAAGAGAGAGAUGGCAGCCUUGAGGUGGGUUGUUCACUCGGCGUGCCACGUUUUGGGGUACACUACUAAGGACACAAACAGCUGUACUCCGUCUAAUCAGAUGGCCUCUGCAGUGGGGUACCCUAAUCACCAAGCCAAUAUUGUUAAUGGGGAUCAUCAUGAUCAGGUGAAGAGCUUACAAGUGAAUUCUAUUACUAAGGAGGGGCUGUCGUCUAAUUACCCUUCUGGUUUCCAAAUGCCUCUUCAUUACCCUCGUUAUUCCAAGGCAGACUAUGAGAAAAUGGACGAGUGGAGAUUGGACACUCUUCUCAUGGAAUAUGGUCUUAAUUUUAAGGGCACUCUUUAUGAGAAAAGGGAAUAUGCAAAAGGAGCAUUUUUGUGGCCUGAUCAGUACUAGAUUGAUGCUAUAUUGCAUGUCUCGUUCCACUUCCAGAUAUAAUAAACAAAUUCGCAUGUUUUGUGUAUUGCUAUUACUAUAUAUAUAUAUAAAUAUAUUUCUCUCUGGUUCAAUCGUAUGAAGCCUUAUUGUACUAGCUAGCGCCUAGCGAGCGAUCGAGCCUGUAAUAUUUCAAAAAGUCAGUCUAUGAAAUUUUCUGGUGGUAUUAGUAUA